AUAAUAAUAAUAAUAAUAAUAAUAUAAACUAAAAAUCAAUCCAAAAAAAAUAAAAUUAAAAAGCUCUCAUAAUUCUCCCCCCCUUUUUCUCUUUCUCUCGCACUAUAUCAAUUACUCUUUCUCCCUUCUAAAAAUCAUUCUUCACAAAAUCACAAAAUCAUUGGACCAUUUUUUCUCCCUUCAUAACAUACCCUUCAAAAAUCUUUUCCGGGUUAUCGGGUACUUAUUUUUGCCACCUCUUUUAAUAAACACCAAACAACCCCUUAACAUUUUCUCAAGAAAAUUCGCUAAAAAGAAAAAAAAAGACUUUUUCAGUUAAAUGAUUCUGUAGAAUUUAAAAAUUUUUGUGGGUUGGAAAAUUUGAAGUUAGAAAAAUGGCAAAUAAUCAACCACAUCAUGAAGGGUUAGGAGAUGAAUUUUUUGAGCAAAUAUUAUCAGUUCCUGGUUAUACUACUGGUGGAAGUGACGGUGGCGGGUUUGUGGGUGGUGGGCCUGGUGGUGAUGGGUCAUCAAUUUUGUUGGGUUUGGGCCCGGGUGAUGGGUCGGCCCAUGGAGGUGUCAAUGUUGGGCUUGGUAUUGGUGGGUUUAGGGCUGGAAUGGGCUUGGGUUUGCCAUUGGGUCUUAAUUUGGACCAUGGUAGUUCUUCCAAUCAUGGUGCCGGUGAUGGUGGUCAUGCUUCUUCAUCUUCUAGAAUUAACGAGAAUGAUUCAAUGCAUUUGACAAACUUAUUUCCUGCAUUUGGCCAUCAACUGCAACCUCAGUCACUCCGUCCUGCACCUCCUUCUAUUCAAGUUCACCAGACUUUUCAUGGUCACACAACAUCGGGACCAGCUCCAGGAGUGUCACAUCCACCAGCAGUCAGGCCUAGGGUGCGAGCUAGGCGUGGUCAAGCCACCGACCCACACAGUAUUGCUGAACGGUUGCGUAGGGAAAGAAUAGCUGAAAGAAUGAAGGCUUUGCAAGAAUUGGUCCCUAGCUGCAACAAGACAGACAGGGCGGCCAUGCUUGAUGAAAUCGUUGAUUACGUGAAAUUUCUGAGACUCCAAGUGAAGGUGUUAAGCAUGAGCAGAUUGGGUGGAGCAGGUGCCGUGGCACAACUUGUAGCUGAUGUGCCUCCAUCGUCCGCUGAGGGUGAAGGAGUAGACGGGGCACAGGCAGCAUGGGAGAAAUGGUCAAAUGAUGGCACAGAACAGCAAGUAGCUAAACUGAUGGAGCAAGACAUAGGGGCUGCUAUGCAAUUCCUACAGUCUAAGGCACUUUGCAUAAUGCCUGUAUCACUUGCAUCUGCUAUCUUUCGGUCGCAUCCACCGCCUCCUGAUCCUCCAGGAAUUGUCAAGCCUGAGGCAAACCCUCCUCCAUAAAAUUGAUUUCCUAGCAUCAAAAGGGUAUUGGUAGAUUUUUGAGUAUAAACUCCAAAGAUGAAGAUAAGAAACAUUUUUGACGGAGUCAUUUUCGAAGUUAUUGUCAAAGAAAGGGGUGAUUAGAAAUGUUUAAGAGAAGAAAAAGCUAAGGUGGGCACUGGCAUGUUUUUCCUAUGCUAUGGUGGUCAAGUCUUUAAAGUAUAAAGUUUGUCAAAUGUAUAUUUGAUGUGGGUUCAGAAACAUAUCUUCGACUAGUAUUCAAUGGUGGGGGAAAUUAGUGGGGUAUGACCAAGACAUUUGUGACCAAUGCUCUUUUGUUUUUUCUUGUAUAGUGGUAAAAUAUGUGGGACCAGACUUUUGGAGAAAUGUUUGAGCAUAAUUUAUUUAUAUGAUGACUAUGGAGAAUAGAGAUGUAAUGGGCGUUGAAGUAUUUAUAAUGGUUGGUUGUUUGGGAAA